UUAAAAUAAUUUGUUUCGCAAUAAUAUGGGUCUUUGGUCUAUAUAAGGACUUCCUUGACAUUAUUAAAAAACUGUCCAACGAAAUGGGUACUAAAGGAUUAAUCAUUUUUGCCUUUGCAUUCUGUAUAGUUGGGGUUUGCCAGGCUCAAUACUAUGGUAGAAUGCGAGGUUUGAAUUCUAUUCACAAAGACGCUUGCACUUGCACUUGUGAAGAUCUCGCCUCACUUAUAGCCUUAGCGCGAGCUUUAGAAGACAAGGAACUAAUUUCUUGUACACCAACAACACCACCACCACCACCACCGCCACCACCACCAACAAAUCCGAUCCCAUGUCUCAGCAACUUUGAAGAUCUGAUCAUGAAAUUAGUUAACGCUUUGGUUUACACCGCCACGGAAACAACUAAAAAUUCCUGCCACUGUCCACGUGCCUCGCCUGUUCCGAUGUCUACUAGCUCCAACUCAUAUUAUUCUAAUUCAGAUGAUGGUUUAAUCAAUAUCGACCUUAUUAACUCAAAAAAUAAAAAUAAUUUAUUAGACUUAGAUGUCGCUAAUCAAAAUGUUGUGGGCAUUGGACUGGGAGGAACAGAUUACAACGGAGCUCCUCCAACAGGGCAUAAGCCAUCUAGUCCAAAACCAUCGGGCCAUAAUCCAAAAGGUCAACAACCAACGGGCUCUCACCCAACAGGCGUCAAAAAUCCACCAACAAACAAUUCUAAUUCAAACGAGGGAUUAGUAAACUUAGACCUUCUUAAUCCCAAUAAAAAUAAUAAUGUGUUAGACUUGGACAUUGGCAAGCAGGAUGUCCUUGGUGUGGGUUUAGGUGGAGGCGGCGGUGGAGGUACAGCUCCAAAUACUAAUCACGGCUACACAAACAGUGCACCUAAUUCUGGAGAAGGCUUAAUUAAUGUAGACGUACUUAAUCCAAAUAAAAAUAAUAAUGUGUUAGACUUGGACAUUGGUAAGCAGGAUGUCCUUGGUGUGGGUUUAGGUGGAGGUGGAGGUGCAGCUCCAAAUACUAAUUACGGCCAUACAAAAUAAUGCAUCUAACUCUUGAUAUGGAUUAGUUAAUCUAGACGUACUUAAUCCCAACAAAGAAAUGAAUGUCCAAUACAUUUGGAUGUGGGUAAACAAACUUUGUUGGGUGUGGGACUUGUUAAUUAAAAGAAAUAUGUGUUACUUGUAACUAUAUUUAACUAUGCUUAAUCCUCGAACGAAAUCAUUUUAUUUGUUGCAAAUAUAAAACCAAAUGAAAA